UGGGCGCGUCUGGCCGUGCUCGCCGCUGCCUGUCCUCCACCACCAUCUCCCUCCAGCAUGCCGUCCGCCGUGUCGCCGCUCGAGGCGCUGCCGACGCUCGUGCCACAGCACUUCCAGGACGCACAGCACUCGCUGGCCACGCACCGCAAGAACGUCGUGGCGCUGCAGCGCGCCCAUGCUGCCGCCGCCCAGGUCACGCUGCGCACGGAGCGCGGCACCAAGCUUGUCGGCGAGAAGGCCUUCAACGAGGUGUUCAUCGCGUGUCUGAACCGCGUGCUGGGCAUCAAGAAGGGCGUCGUGAAUGCCGAUCGCAUCGUCAAGUUUGUCGCUGCGUACGCGUCUUAUGCUCAGGGCGCCUUCCGCGCCGCCGCGCGCGCGGCGUCCGGCGAAGAGCCGGCGUCGGACGAGGAGGAGGAGGAGGACACGGCGGCGACGCGCUUCGUGUCCAUCCUGCUCAAGCACCUGCUGCGCGGCUUUGGCGCCAAGAACAAGGCGGUGCGCCUGCGCUGCUGCCAGGCCGUGGCGCUGCUGAUCAAUGGGCUCGAGGCGAUGGACGAUGAUCUCUACCAGACGCUCAAGGGCGCACUGCUGAUGCGCGCACGCGACAAGGAGAGCUCGGUGCGCGUGCAGGCCAUCGUCGCACUAGCGAAGCUGCAGGGCGGAGAGGAUGAGGAGGACAUCGAUGAGCCAGAGGGCAGCGGCAGCGACGGCGGCACCGGCAAGGACGUGACGGGCGUGCUGCUGCGCAUCCUGCGCGAGGACCCGUCUGCUGAGGCACGCCGUGCGGCCCUCUUCAACCUGACGCCCACGGCACGGACGCUGCCCUUCAUCCUCGAGCGGCUGCGCGACGUCGACGCCAUCAACCGGCGCUGCGUCUACCUCGGCUCCCUCUCGCACAACAUGCUGGCACAGCCCGGCGCCGCAGCACUCGAGGUGCACGAGUGGGGCGACGUCGUCAAGACGGGCCUCGGUGAGCGUGAGGAGAGCGUGCGCCGUGCGGCGCGCAAGCUCGUCUGCGGCUGGGUGGACCGCGAUGCGGACCUCGAGAAGUUUGCUGCGCGCUUCGAUAUCGUCAACAACCCUGCUAUCGCGGCCUCAGCUCUGCGUGCUGUCUUUGAGGCGCGCCCGGCGCUGCUGGAUGCCGUCGCCUUCGACGAGAGCUUCUGGGCCAACCUGACGCCUGGAACCGCCUUUGUUGGCCGCCAGUUCGUCGAGCACUGCCGCUCGCUCGGCCCGCAGGGCGCCACGCGUCUGGACGAGGCCAUGCCGCUUGUGACUGCGCUCGCGUUCCGCACGCAGGCAGCGUGGGGCACGCUGCUUGAGCUUCUCGAGAUCGAGCUCGAGGCCGACACGGAGGCCGAGCUGAGCCCGCAGGCCGAGGGUGCGCGCAGCACGCUCGAUUCGCUGCUGCACGUUGCCAUGUCUGCCGACUACGGCGACGAGAUUGGCCGGCGCAAGAUGUUUGGUCUCGUGCGCGACAUGGUCUCCAACACACUCUUCCCACACGCGCUGCUCGAUGGCGCCCUCGACGUGUUGCUCAAGCUCAGCGCGGGUCAGCGUGACUUCAUGCAGAUUGUCGUCGAGCUGGUGCAGGAGAUGAGCGACUGGGAGCGCGAGGGCGAGCGCGACGAGCAGAGCGAGGAGGAAGAGGAGGACGACGAGGCGGAGGUCGAGGACACUCUGGCCGCUGGGUCGAACGGUCGGCGCAAGCGACGUGCCGCCUCGCCGGACGAGGACGAGCUGGCACGCCAGGCCGGCAUCGACGCACGCCGCUUGGCAAUCGUGCGCGGCAUGCUGGAGCGCAUGUCUGGCGGAGGCAUCCAAGAGAUGAUGGGCCUCGUCAGCCAGCUCAUCUCGCCCGCCAUGCGCUCCAAGGACGAGGCGGUGCGCGAGCAGGGCUUCCUGUGCAUGGGCCUCUGCUCCAUCCUCGACGCCGACGUGGCCGCGACGACGUUCCCCAUGUUCCUCAACCACCUGCAGCGCAGCAGCGGCAUCAUCAAGGUGCGCGCGCUGCAGGUGACGUUCGACAUGCUCACCGUGCACGGCAUCUCGCGCCUGAGCGCCGCGCAAGUCGAGGGCCUGGGCGGCGGACCAGAGGCCGAGGCCAAGGCGCACGAGCAUCUCGUCACCUUUCUCCUCUCGCUGCUGGAGGACGAGGACGAGGAGCUGCGCGUGCAGAGCGCCGCGGCGCAGGGCAUGGCCAAGCUCAUGCUCGCCGGCAUCGUCGAGGACGACGUGGCACUGCGCAGCCUCGUGCUCAUCUACAUGACGCCCGAGACGGCCGGCAACCAGGAGCUGCGCCAGUGCCUCGGCUACUUCCUGCCGGUCUACUGCUUCUCCUCGCCGCACAACCAGCGCAAGCUGCAGCGCGUCUUCGUCGAGACGCUGCACAUCCUCGCCGAGCUGUACUACGAGCUGGAGGACGGGCAGGAGAUGGUCACGCCGCUGCAGGUAGGCCUGCAGCUGCUCGACUGGACAGACCCGAGCAAGUCUAUCCGGCAGGACGGUGAUCAGACCAUCCACGUCGACGUGGCGAUGGAUCUGAUGAAGCAGCUGCUGCUGCUCGACGACAAGGACGAGCGCAAGGUGCUCUGCCAGCUGCUCGCCAAGCUCAACCUGCCCGAGCCCGAGGCACUCUCUGCCGAUCGCGCAGAGGCUCUGUUCCUGCUGGCGCGCGUCUUGAAGGCGGUGCGUCCAACUGCUAGUGCGCAUGUCUGCUCCAUCUGACUCGCUCCUCGCAGACGAACCCGCUCGACGACACCGUCA